AUGGCCCAGGCCGUAAAUACAACCCGGCCGUACGCAGAUUUGAUUCAGUCUACCCACGGAGAAUCAAAAUCAUGGCUCGUCAAUUUCCUUCGGAAGGGCUAUAGCAUCCAGCGCUCGGAGGCUCGGGAUCCAUAUAUCGACAUUUACAUCUUGGACACCACUGAUGGUAACAUGUCUUGUCAGCACUUCCGCCCGCAUCGCUCGGACGAGGCCGAUGCGCUGUUCCUGACAGCCCUUGGUACACGUCCAUCCAACUCAAAGACCCGCCUAGUAUUGGUCCAAGGCGGCCAAUUAAAAGACAUGAAUCCAGCCUACCUUGAUGCUAUUGGGUGGUGUUACCGACUUGAUCCUCCCUUCUUCUAUACGUAUCUACAAGAUGCUUUAUACUUGUCUGAGGGGGAGCGACUUGGUGGGCUGGGCCGACUCCCCGUCACGCUUCCAUCCGAGAACGGUCACAUCACGGUUGCUACAGAAACGCUUGACAGCUUUGCAAAUGCCGCCAUUCUAAAAAACGAUGGUCUGAAUACAAUUGUUAUGCUUGGCUUAGACCACUUUGGGAACCGGAUCGAGACCCUUAAGCGUUGUCUCAUGGACGUGACAAUCUUCUCGAAUGAGGCAAUUGUAGCCGCAGACGUGUAUCCCUGUGAUUUUCUCCUUCCCUACAUCCGGAAUUCUCUGAAGGAAAUCGCUGGAAGAUCGCGACGGCAUGGCCACAUGCAGCCCAAGCAACAAGGACAUCGACAGUCAAGUACUUUCCAGUGGGAAUGGAACCAAGCAGAUUACCGAAACCUCUUACGAUCCAAAAUUAGUAUAUCGAGAUUCCUCGAACGGAGUUAUGCCACGUCAUUUCAAGGCAAGCCUCAACUCGCUUCAGUUAUUCAGGACUACGAUUUUCUUAUUGCCGAAACUCGAGAGAACGCCGCUCAACUCCAAGGCCUUCUUCAAAAUGAAACCAGUAGGCAAGCCCUAAUGGUAACAAAAAAAAGUUUGGAACAAGCACAUGCAGUGCGAAGAAUCACCAUUGUGGGUAUAGUUUUUAUUCCAUUGAGCUUUGCUACGUCCUUUUUUGGCAUGAACUUUGAACAGUUAGGAGCUGGAACACUUCAUAUCGGAUUCUUCUUCUUGCUUGCAGCCAUCGCGGGACUUGCCGCCUGGGCAUUGGCCGCAAGCAUUGAACCCACAGAACAACUAUGGACUCGAGCACAAAAUCGGCUCGGAGAGCGAGAUUUCCCGUUUCUAGAUGAUAUUUCGUUGCUGAAUGAUUACACAUGGGUAACUAAGACUAUGAUCGUGUGGAGCUGGAUGUGCCGGAAGUCCUUACUAGCCAGCACCCUUGACGGACUUUGGCAAGAGGAGAAGGGAAAACUCAUGGAUGAGAGGAAUGAAGGCUUUGAAGAGAGAAUCCCUCAUUUCAAGAGAAUCAUGUUAUGGAGGACCCUUUUAUCCAUUAUUCGACGACUGUCAGAGAAGUUGAAACUGUCGGCUCUCAAAUGGACGGCCUGGAUCUGGCAACUGAGUCCUGAGGCUUCCAAUGCGGAGCCAUCAAUUACGCCGACAACCUGA